CAGCCUUGAGCCUCGCGAGACAGGCUUACCUCCGUCAACCUGUACAAACAAUUGCUCCGCCGCCACCACGUCUCCUCUUUCUCGCUCCGGUCUACUGUACUUUCCUCGCAGCGGCAGGCAGCUCAACGAAUCCAGGGCUCGCAUCUUUAGUGAAGCGGGCAUAGGCAGGUAGCCAAACAUCCAAAUACCCCACAACGCCGCCCUCCACCUUAGCCGCCUGCCCACUCAACCACCAAUUCCCACGCUAUCGCUAAGAUGUCCGCGGAGCUUACCAGUAUUCUGUUACAGUUCCAGCCUGAGAGCCCGGAAGUCAAGCAGAAACGCGACUACGAUCAAGCAGCUCGUAGCUUUGUCGCACAGCUCGCCAACAUCUCGGCAGGACACUGGUUGAAGGCAGCCGACACACCACAAGAUGUGCUAGAAGUCCUCAACCCCGCGGUAAACUCAAUAGCGUAUGCCUUUGCUCUCCGCCACCGUAUAACUGCAGUCGUCGAGAAGAGAAGUGUGCUAGAUACACUGAAGCCGGGAGGUGCAUUAUGGAACAAGCUCGUAUUGUUUCUGGAGACGUCUGAUCCUGUGCAACUGCGGUAUAUUGGACAGGAGUGGAGGAGGCUGGUAGAAUUCACAGAGCAGAUCGCUCGCGCGACAGGAUCACCUAGUCUUGCUAUUGCGCCAAUACGGUCGGCAAUGAUCCGACUUGAUCCUACCACAGGCACAUUUACCUCGACCCACAUCAGCUUCGUACAGCUCUGCUUAGAGACGCGAUCAUACGCCGCCGCCGAACCUAUUCUCGACAAUUACAUCCACACUCUACCCUCGAAAAUACCCAACGUGGUCCGUGAAGGUCUCGAAUACUCGGUUCCGUGUGCAGAUGUUGCGAGUAGCGGAGAUUACAUCCACCAGACUUCAGGUCACUCAGACAAGAUUGCGCUGGUGGAUUUGCAAGAGUAUUAUAUCCUAGGAGCUAUGGCAUACCUUGGUCUAGGCCAAUUCAAGAAGGCUCAGCACUUUCUAGAGCACGUGCUCGUUGUCCCAUCGAGCAAUGUAGCGAACGGGCUUAUGCUGGAGGCCUACAAGAAGUGGUUAUUAGUAGGCUGUCUUGUGGAUGGAAAGUCAAAGUCGGCCCCACGAACAGCAAACGGAAACGCGAUCAAGCAAGUCAAGUCUGCGUCAAAAGCAUAUGAGGCCUUGGUGGACGCGUAUGUACAGCUGAUCAACCUGCCAAAGCUGAAAGCGCAGAUCAAAGCUGGUGCUGAGAUCUGGGCGGAGGACGGUAACACUGGCCUCGUUGCUGAGCUUCUGAACAGCCAGAUGAGGACGUACGUUUUGCAGCUGUCACGAACUUUUUCAGCGAUUCCAGUCUCCAACAUUGCCAACAAUGUGGGCGCCAGUGCUGAUGAGAUUGCACAAUAUCUCGAAACUUUGAUCAAGGGUGGUCAGCUGAAUGCGCGGCUGGAGCAAACCGACAGGCCAAACGUAGGGGUCGUCUUGCGCUUCUACCUUGACCCUACGCAGGGGCCUCUAGCCAAGACGGAAACGCAGCAGCAACAGGCGUUGUUGGAGCAAACGUUGCGAACCAACAUGCUCGUCGAGCAGGUCAAGGACGCCGACUACCGACUGACGCUGAGUAAAGAAUACAUUGAGAAUCUGAAGCGGCUGAACAAGAGGCAGGGUCAGGGAGGCGACGCGAUGGAUACGGCCUGGGAUGAUAGCGUGGAUGCGGAGGAGGACAUUAUGGUCGACUUACAUUGAAGGCCGACGUCGACAGCGAAGUCUCCAACACGGCAUAGGCAUAGAUGGGCUAGGUGGACGCCGACCCGAUUGGGAAUCGGGCUAUUCGGACGGGACGGAAAGCGUCUAGUGUUAGCAAAGGCGAUCAAGACGGCAAGAGGGCGCGAUAACGGUAAUGGGUGAAACGCGUUGCAGUGGAUCCCAAACAGCAGGCCCGAGCAUGGUUGGACCAAGCCCAAGCGUUUGCAGAGGACGAAAAACAUGACAGAAGCAGGUCAUGCCAUAGAUGUCGUCGUGUUUGCCCAGGUGGAGGACGCAUAGAGGAACAAUGGAAUCAUGAUGGCCCAAUGUGCGCCCAAUGCGGGUCUUGUGUGUGU